UCCGUCAUCUUGAUUCCUGUCACCAUGCAUGGUGUCUAUUGCAUGCUUGCAACUUGCAAUCUAUAGUGAAACGAGAAAAUGAAAGGUAUUACGAAAGGCUAAGCAAGCUGCAAUUACCUCUGACACUGGAGCGCUUUUACUUACUUACUUUGAGAUACGGACGCGUUUUCUGAUUGUGUAUUGUUCUAUGAACAUGGCUGAGUCUCAAGAGUUAUUGUUGCAAAAAAUUAAAGAUCAAGGAGAUCUCGUCAGGAAAUUGAAAUUGGCAAAAGAAUCUAAUGAGAAGGGAAAGGAGAUAAAAUAUUAUGAUCUUGGCGAAAUAGACAAACUCAUGUCUCAGUAUAGUUACGUCUGCGGCUACAUGCCUAGUGAUUGUGAUAUUGAAUUACACAAAAGUUUAGGGAACAACAUAGAUUUCGAAAAUUAUAAGUAUAUCAGGAGAUGGUGGUACCAUAUGCGGAGUUUUAAUGAGUCUGAGAUUAAGUUAUUCGAUAAAAAUGUAAUGCCAAAGUGUAUUUAUAAGGAGAAUAAGAAAUCACUUGAUGAACAGAUCAAAGAAGAGGUUGCAAAAUUACUGGCUUUGAAAGCCCAGUUAAGUCCUGAAGAUGUUGCUCCACAAAAGUUCACUCUCAAAACACCAAAAGGAACCCGGGAUUAUAAUCCUCAGCAGAUGACUAUAAGAAAUAAUGUCCUUCAGAAAAUAAUUACAGUAUUCAAGAAACAUGGAGCAGAGUGUAUAGACACACCAGUUUUUGAAUUAAGGGAAGUGCUAACUGGAAAGUAUGGUGAGGAUUCCAAAUUAAUUUAUGACUUGAAAGACCAAGGAGGUGAGAUUUUGUCCCUGAGAUAUGACCUGACGGUGCCCCUAGCCCGCUACCUGGCUAUGAGCAAGAUUUCCACCUUGAAGAGAUACCACAUUGCUAAGGUGUACAGGCGGGACAACCCGGCUAUGACAAGAGGCAGAUACAGAGAGUUCUAUCAGUGUGAUUUUGACAUUGCUGGUCAAUAUGAUCCCAUGGUUCCCGAUGCAGAGUGCCUAAAAGUGGUGACAGAGAUUCUGGACACUUUAGACAUCGGGAAGUAUGUGUUGAAGAUCAAUCACAGGCGUCUGCUGGAUGGCAUGUUUGAAGCAUGCGGUGUGCCUGCAGACCAAUUCCGAACAACUUGUUCUACAGUAGAUAAGCUGGAUAAGUCUCCAUGGGAAGAAGUGAGAGCGGAGAUGAUAAACGAGAAAGGUAUAUCGCCCGAUGCGGCCGACAGAAUAGGCGAGUAUGUGCGUUUGAAUGGCAGCACAGAACUUAUCGAGAAACUGUUACAAGAUGAAAAGCUGUCUAAGAAUAAAGCGGCUAUUGAAGGAAUCAACGGAGUCAAGUUAUUAUUGGAGUAUUGUGAACUCUUUGGCAUUAAGGAUAAGAUACUGUUUGAUUUGAGUUUAGCUAGAGGACUGGAUUAUUAUACUGGAGUUAUUUAUGAAGCUGUUUUAACAGAGCCAAUAAAAGUUGGAAAUGAGGAGCAGACUGUAGGCUCCAUCGCUGGCGGUGGGAGAUAUGAUAACCUCGUUGGCAUGUUCGACUCUAAAAGCAAACAGGUUCCAUGCGUGGGCGUUAGUAUCGGCGUAGAGCGAAUAUUUUCGGUAUUAGAAGCCAAGCUAGCGGCGGGCGAGAUGCGCGUGCGCACCAACGAAGUAGAUGUUUAUGUUGCGUCUGCUCAGAAGAACUUCCUUGAGGAGAGGAUGAAGAUAUGCGCAGAACUUUGGAAUGCUGGUAUCAAGACGGAGCAAUCAUACAAGAAAAACCCUAAAAUGCUAAAUCAACUCCAGCACUGCGAAGAUAAUGGAAUCCCUUUAGCAGUUGUUCUCGGCGAGUCUGAGUUAAAACGAGGCGUGGUUAAGAUUCGAAAUAUCCAAACGAGACAAGAAGAAGAAGUGCCGAGAGAAAACCUUGCUCAGGAGUUGAAGACAAGGAUAGCUGCGUUGGAUAAGAAAGAGACGAAUGGCCCGACACCAUCACGCGUUUGAUUUUGUAUACUUGUUUCUUUUAUUACAUAUAAAGACUGGUUAUACAAUGCGUUGUUUAUCGUAUGUUACAACUUUAGGGUGCAAGAUCAUGUUAAACUUCUUUUAUUGACAAUACAAUAACAAAUAGUUGCAAUAAAAUUGCGCCACAAUAAAUUACAGCAAAUUCGCAAUCAUGUAUUAAAAAUAUAGCAGCAAAAGGCGAUCUUAUUUACCAGUAAAUGAAAGGAAGAAUAAAAUCAUUUUGAAAACUAACUAACCCCUUUACAAAUAAAUUAUCUAUUUGAAUGAUAGGUUUACUGAAAAUCGCUCACGAUCGCAGAUUAUCAUACGUUAAAAAUCGCAUUGUGUAAAAAGGCUUACCUGAUGAAUGUAUUAUACAAAUGAAACAAGAUGUGAUAUCCUCGCUGAUUUUAAACCAUUUCGUAAUCAGUAUUAGGCAUUUAUUUUUCAAGUUUGUCAGUGGUAAUUUUUAUAAAAACCUAAGUAAUUUAUUCAUUACAUCUUUGAUA